AUGCUGAGUCCAUCGGAGAAGCUUUUUCCCGUUUGUCGAGUCUACAUAGCCAAAACGGCGGCACAAAGCAGAACGGCCACGGAUCCACCAAAAACCGCGUAUCUGUUGGAAAUGGCGUUGCUCUGUGCUGGACCAGGAGCUUCUGCUGGAGAAUCGGAGAUCCCAGACGGAGUUAAUGCUGGAGUAUCGAUUGAAGGAGAAUCCGCUUGGGACAAUGAUGGAGGAGACGCGACGGAGGAUUCCGGAGUCGGUGUUUUCGAUGCUGAAGGAGAGAUAGCCGGAGAGAUGAUCCGCCUUCCGCCGCCGCUAAACGGAGCUGGAGCAGGGGAUUGA